UGAACAUAAGGGUACCGACGAACGUUUGGAUCGCUGUGCGCUCUGAAGUCGAAUACACCCUUCGUUCGGUUUUUGUGUAAACUCGGGAGCAAUUGUUAACGAAUCUAAAUACAUCUAAUCUGUCAAAAUCACCGCACUCCGCAACCAUGGUGCACCGGCAGCUGAAACGCCAGCACUCGGGCAUUCCACGGAUGGAGUCACUGUCGCGGUUCAGCAGCAUCCCGGUAGUGGAAACGGGCAUUAAAACGGCCGGCACCGUAUACUCGCGAGUAAAGACUAGCAACGGACUGCUAACUUGGGGCUUCGAAACCGCCGAAUCGUUCACAUACGCCUUGAUAGACUCUCUUCGGCCGGCCGCGAAAAUCAUCGAGGGGCCGCUUCAUCGGCUCGAUAGCAUUAUGUGCAAAAGUCUCGAUCUGGUUGAGCAGAAGGUGCCCUCGAUGUACCUGCCGCCGGAGAUGAUGUUUUGGAACACGAAAGAGUAUAUGUCCGAUCAUCUCGUUAAGCCGAUGCUCACGCGGGCAAACUCGAUGAAAAAGCUUGGCCACACGGUGCUGGAAUCGCGCGUCUCCAACUAUGCCGCAGGACGAAUCGAUGGCGCACUGGUCGUGUGCGAUAAGUACGUGGACCGGUACCUUCCGACGGAGCCACAGGAUCAGCCAGAUUCAGCCUGCACACCGAGUCAGAAGGAUGAUUCGAAUGAAAUGCAUGUCGUGCAAACGUUUCACCGUGGCCAACAGUUGUCGCGGAAGCUGAAACGACGGCUCACGUUCCGCACGCGCCAAGAACUUAGCGCACUGAAGAAACAGAGCACCGAAGCCGUUCACGUAGUAGCCUACGCUGCUGAACUGAUCGCUACGAACCCUCGCCUGGCCAUGCAGAAAGCGGUCGAACUGUGGCACUAUCUCAGCAAGGACGAACCAGAAAACCAGGAGCGUCCCAAAACCAUCGAACAGCUGGCGGUACUGCUGACCCGCGAAUCCGCCCGCCGCAUGGUGCACCUGAUUAACUUCACCGCCAACGCCGUGACACGCAUUCCGAAGGCGCUUCGUGCUCAAACCCGCGAACUCGUUCAUCACUUUCUGUUCGCCACGGAACGGCUCAUGAAAACGGUGCAUUUGGAAAAGGCCAAGAAUGCGACACUCUCUGAGGCGAGUGGCCUCGUGAACAGGAUUCAACUCACAUACGAUGAUCUGCAGAACCAAACGAACUUGGCAUUGCAUGGCAAGCCAUCAAGCAGAAGCAUUAAUCGACACGACAUUUUCCAUUGGGCUUUGUUGAAAGUGGAACGUCUUGCUGUUUUUCUCUCCGGACGCCUGGAAGCGGAAAAGAUCACCACGAGCGGCAAUCCACGUCGGCGCAUCCAACCAUUACCGAACAGCAAUCCGAUGAAUUCUAACAUCAACGGCGUUUAUUAGGAGCAGCUACUUCGAACGGUGAAUGGGCGACGCUCGGGAAAGCAGCGUUUUUUUCUAGCUUUAAGAAUAUCGUUUGUUUUCUGUUACUUUUUGUAAAAAUAAAAGAAAUUUAAUUGUUCUAUUAUC